AUGACGGUGGCGGUGCCGUCGAGGGCAGGCUGGCGCAGAGGAUCCAAGGUCAGGUUCAUCAACACAACCGCAAGGGACGUCGAGUUGUAUCGGCACCUGGCCUACCUGACUCUCCAGCAACCCCGGUUCCUGGUCCGGCCGACACCCAGUUUGCUCAGGCGGCCGCAGUUCGUUGUGAGGAACAUGGAUCUGGUUCACUACUUCCAUGCAGACGCGCAUCUUUCGCUGGUGGCGUUCAGCCCCAACACGGCAGAUAUUCGAGAUGCCUUGAUACGCAUGGCCUUUGCGAGCGACACGGACUCCGGGCGCGCCCUUCUCUACGCGCUGCUUGCCGUCUCGGCGCUGCGUCGCAGCGGCUUUCAUGAGGAGACGCUGCAGUUCAAGGUGGCAGCCCUGCAUGCGCUUUCCAAAUCUUCCGGCAUCGCCAGCCUGGGCACGACGGAGUCUGUUCAGCAUGUUGCCGCGUGCAUGCUCCUGGGGGCCUUCGAGAUCUUACUGCCCUCAGAUAGCUCAGGGGAAUGGAUUUGGUACAUCAGAGGAGCGAUGGACAUCAUCCGUGAGACUCAGCUGACAAAGGUGGGAACCGAAGCCGACAUCAACAUUCUUCUGGACUGGACAUACUACCAUUACUCUCUCUCUACAUUCACCAUCAGCCAUUGGAGGAAUAAAGCUGUCAUUCUGGACUCCUCCCCCAAUCCAACCAUGUGUAAGCCAGUAGGUGGGCAGGACACACUCGUGGCCAUUGACAAACAGCUAUUCCGCUCCCCAAACCCAACUCACGAGAUCUUGAACCUCCUAGCGGAAGCAUGCGACACGCUGCUCUCCAGAUCAGAUCCACGGAGCCAAGAUUGA